AACAGCUGUGAUGAAAAAAGUUUUUUCAAGAACUCUGGCGGUGCAAUAUUCAGCCAGAGGACGGAAAAACAAGUUAAACUUCUCGGCUUUAAAAUUAUGUGAUGUUGUUGUCAAGGCCAUAAGAGUUAAUUUUCCGAAAGGGACACAACUUGAUAUUAUGAAACGCAUAAGUGUCGUUUUAGCACAGUCUGGAGACUGGAACGGAGGGAAGAAGCAAAGAAAUAUAAAAUAUCCCACUGAAUUAGAUUAUAUUCAGCUAAUUCAGAAUGAGGAUAUAAUCAUUUCAAUGGAUCCUGAUUUAUUAACUGAAGAUCAAUAACAAGCA